GUUGUGUGCGCACGGGCGCGCACCUCAUCCCUUUUGUGAUGUGUGUGUGUCCCUGCUUCUCUCCUCGCCUCGCUGCCUCGUUCUGUUGGGCAGUGUUGUGAUUCAGUUGUGAUUUCUUAUCGUGUCCCUCGACUCUUAUCGUGGAAAGCGUAGUGUCAAGGAGCGGUGGCCUCAGUGUACUAAGAAGCGUGUGACGGCCCGUAGCGAGCCGCUACCGGUGCCAGCUAGCAUCGUUACCAGUGCCUUUAGAGCAAAGACGGACAAAAGAGAGUGGGUGAAUGUCGUAUUGAGGCGAGAAGGUAUUGCGACGGAGGAGCUUAAGAGCUGCGGGUGUUGUGAGUGCUGUGGGAUAGGGUCCAGCUCGCCACGAUGCCGUUUCCUCUGCUGUGGAUUUCAGGCGAAGGUCGACACCGACCCUGCUGAGGUUUACUUCCCGCCCAAGCAGGAAAAGCGACGGACAGCAGCAGCAAAAGCAAUGCCAAUAUCAAAUAAAGCAGCGAGUCACGCCGACAGAAUGCAAAGAAUCCGAGAAACCGAAAGGAACGAAAGAGCAAAUCCAGCAGGAAGGAGAGCCUGAGCUGGUUAAGCAAGCGCCGGCACCGGAGGGCGGCCAGCCUCGGGAAGGGCCAGGCCAGGAACAAGGACCCGAGCUUUCAAACCCCAAGAAACAGCCGGAGCAGGCGGAAGACCAGACACGAAGACAGGGUGGUACGAUCUGCGAGAGGCAGGCGUCAGCAGGUCAUAUCGAAGCGGAAGUAGGGCGCGAGACUGAGCAAAUCGAAGAUGCUAACGCAGGAAGUAAAAUAAAGGGCACUAUGGAGGAGGAAACUGCAGCUUCUUUGCAGUCGGAAGGGGAAGCCGGGAAGGGAGAAACACGUAUCGAUAUGGCAGAUAGUAAAGGCGAUUCCAACCUUCCUUCCGAACACACAGAAGGAAGAAAGGAAAAGACGGAAAAUGAUGCUCAGGCUGAACAUGCGAACACGGCUAUCGAUAAGCAGGAAUCUGAAGGGUCACCCACGCCCGCGACCUGCCCUUCAGAGGAAGAGGCUCUCGCGCGAAAGGAGCUCUCUGCGAUGGAAGUCAACGUGCACGUGGCGGUGACCUGUGUCAUUAUGGAAGGGAUCGAAGAACAUGUUUGUGAACUCGAGCUGCCUCCUGUAGACGGCAACAUGUUCGUGGCCGUAACCACGCCAUCCAUUGUAUCGGAGUCAGUCACGUCUGUUGUGGAAAACACUAGGGACAAAGAAGAAAAAAUAAUCUAUGGAAAUGAAGCAAAACAACUGCCUGAGCACAAAGCAGAGCACGUGGGAGGACCGAAAGGUGAUUCCUCUGACACAUCACAAUCCGGUCGCGUCGGACCUCUUGAAGAAUGGGCGGAAUCCCGCGCACGAGAGGCGAAGGACCCAGCCAGCCAGGCGGGGCUCGAGGCUGAGGAGGAGGUGGAAGAGAGUGUGGCCCGAGGCCUCGAGGAGCGAGCGCCGACAAAGAGCCCAGGCGCGGGGAGCGCAGAGCAUCCGUCGGGCAAACAUCCUGUAGCGCCUGGCGGCGGUGACGAAACGGAGCCGGUCGGGGAGCGGAGGCGGCGACGCGACCGGCGCCAGCGAAGGAACCUGAGGAGCGCUUCGGGCGACGACGACACCUCCGACGAGGACGAGAUCGUGCCGCUCCGGAGGAAGAAGCGUGAUCGGACCGGCAACGGGCAUGUCGAUCAGCGCUAACAAAUGAACCCAAAGUGUGAAUACCAAAUAGUCGGAAAGGCCCUUUGAACAUCGGUUUGCGUGCCAAGGUCGAGCAGGACAAGUGCUCACCAAGUCUCCCA